AUGGAGGUGAAACGCGACGACGGGUGCUACAAGGUGCGGGUGAAGAACCACAUUGACAAAUUGCUCACGAAGUUUGGGAUGGAGCAAGCGAAAACCACGAAGUCACCCAUGGACCCCGGGUACCUCAAAGCCGAAGAACUGAGUACGCCCUUUGGAGACCAGACGAAGUACCGGAGCUUGGUAGGUGGACUGAUGUACAUCGCCUGUACUGCUAGACCGGACAUUGCGGUCGGUGCGGCAAUUCUUGGGCGCAAGUUCAGCGCGCCCAAUGAAGCCGACUGGACCGCGGCAAAACGUGUGCUCCGGUAUCUAAAAGCGACGAGGGAGUACUAUCUUCGACUGGGCGGUGAGCCUGGGGAAGCACUUGUUGGGCACUCGGAAGCAGACUGGGCCGGCGACCCAGGAAACAGACGCUCAACGUCCGGCUUUGUUUUCACCUUUGGAGGAGGAGCAAUCUCGUGGGCAAGCCGUCAGCAACUGUGCGUCACGAAGCAGAUUGCGUUGGAGUACUGUCCGACGAACCGGUUGGUAGCCGAUCUCUUCACCAAGCCCCUGGGACCGUUGAAGCUUGGGCAGUUCUGCGGAACGCUCGGGCUGCUGGCGUAG